UGGCAGCACCCACGUGCCCCCGCUCAGUUCCAGACCUGUGCCAAGGAAACGGCAGCUUUCACAUUAGAGGAGAAGAUGGCGAGCGAGUCAGACGAGGAGAUUGAGUGCGACCUGAGCAACAUGCAGAUCACCCCGGAGCUGCGCGAGUACUUUGAGCAGACCGAGCGGCACAAAGAAGAGCGACGGCGGCUGCAGCAACUGGAGGAUGAGCGUCUCAGCGAGUAUGUGAACGCUGACCAUGACCUGUACUUCUCCAACCACCGGUCGGUGGAACCCCCAUCUGGGAGGCCUGACGAGAGGCGCCAGGCCGAGAUGAAGCGUCUAUACGGGGAGAGCGCCACCAAGAUCAUGGCCAUGGAGGCAGCUGUGCAGCUGAGCUUCAACAAGCUCUGUGAUCGCAAGCGGCCCAAGUACUGGCCAGUGAUUCCCCUGAAGUUCUGAGGCAGCUUCAGGGCCUAGCCACGCUGCCCUUGGCGCUCAGAGAAUGGGCCAUGGGGUGGCAGGGCUGGGAGGCAGACUGCACCCCAGCCCCUCCCUGUCUAUCGUGGUCUUGUUAUAUUAUCAAUGGUGUUUGAUUCAUUAAAGUUUUCCACCUGC